GGGUAUCAUUAAAUAGAAAACGUUUGUUCAAUUAACAACUUCAGUGCUAGGCCCCCAGCUGAAAGGAUAAUUCUGCCUUUGGAUUACAAUUCUGUGUGUGUGGAACAACAUGAAAAAUUUCGCUUUGUGCCUGGUCGCCAUGGCGCUGAUGUGCCUGGUCGAUGCGGCUCCGCAGCGGGCAGAGGAGCCCAUUGCAAUCAUCAGCCAGGAGUCCAACAUCGAACCAGAUGGUUCAUACAAUUAUGCCUAUGAGACGGCCAACGGAAUCAAGGCCGAAGAGACGGGCACCCUAAAGAAGGCUACCUCUCCGGACACCAGUGACGUGAUCAUCGCCAGGGGCUCUGUCUCGUACACCUCGCCGGAGGGAAAUCUGAUCACCCUGAACUACUCGGCCGAUGAUGAGAACGGUUUCCAGCCACAGGGCGAUCAUUUGCCCACUCCCCCACCAAUCCCGCCAGCGAUCCAGAAGGCUCUCGACUAUCUGCUGAGUCUGCCGCCAGCCAAGCGUCGUUAAGGCGCUGCCUCUGGCUGAUUCCCUCCAGUCCGACCCAUGCCAACAUUCUGACCCUGACACUCUACGGUCGAUGUGAUGCUGCUCUGUUGCUGUUACUACGAUAUGCUCGUACACCCCAUUAUCUGCUCCAAUCGCCCCCAACUAUCUAGACAAUCACACAAGAGCUGAAACCUCCCCCAAGGAGGUUGUUAGUGGAUUUGACUGAAGAACACACAAUCUCAAAAUGGGAUUGAGGGACAUGACACGAACACACACUCACAGCCACACAGCCACACACCCAAUACAUAGACUCUCGUUACUUCAUUUUGUCUGCUUUCUUGCUUUCUUCCACUUUCACUUUGACACGAAUUUCUUCAGAUCUUUUAGUCGCCGGAACUUUGCCAUUUUCGGACUCAUGUGAUAUCGUCGAUUUAUCAAUGAAAUGAAAGAAAAUGUAAAAAAAAAAAAAAAAGAACAUACAAGAAAUAAUAUACAGGAAUAAUAUACUGAUUAUCCACAGCAAACUUUGUGUAAAUAGUCUGUAACAUUUAGGAACAUUUACACGUAAUAUAAGCGAUGACGUCGAUGAAGCCGAAGCCACUCGAACUUGUGGAGCUUGUGGGACAGGUUGGCGUUUUCACGUCUGUUCGCGUCGAAGAUUAUGUAAACAAUUGAGAAGACCUAUAUAUAACGAUAUUCUUAGGCUUAGCUGCAAAUAAAGAACUAAGGAUUCUUUCGAAAAA